AUGGGCGUCCAAUCCCUCUGGACAAUCCUCUCCCCCUCCGCACGCCCAACCGACUUGGCAACCCUCAACCGCAAGCGCCUCGCUAUCGAUGCCUCGAUCUGGAUUUACCAGUUCCUGAAAGCUGUCCGCGACAAAGAAGGCAACGCCCUUCGCAACAGCCACCUCGUCGGCUUCUUCCGGCGCAUUUGCAAGCUCCUGUGGUAUGGCGUCAAGCCCGUGUUUGUGUUUGACGGGGGGGCGCCGGCGCUGAAGAGGGCUACGCUGCAGGCAAGGAGACGGAGGAGAGAGGGCAGGAGGGAGGAUGCGGCACGCACGGCGGGGAGAAUACUGGCUGUACAAAUGGCUAGGUUGGCGGAGGAGGAGAGGGAGAAGAGGAAGAGGUUGGCCGAGGCGGGGAACGAGGCUGCGAGAAGGGAGGUUGAAGAAGAACAAGAGAGGUUACCUGCCAUGGAGGACAUCGUGUAUGCGGAUGAGCUGGGAAUGUCGAGACAGGAAAGACUGAGGAAUCGCAAGUUUCGCAAGGAGGAUGCGUACCAUCUGCCCGAUCUGGACAUGAGCAUCGAGGAAAUGGCAAAGCCGAACGAUCCGCGAAUAAUGAGCCUUGAAGAGCUAGAGGAGUACGCCCGGCAGUUCCAGAACGGCGCGGAUAUCAACCUGUACGAUUUUAGCAAAAUCGACUUCGACAGCGACUUCUUCAAGAGCCUUCCGGCCGCAGACCGGUACAACAUUCUGAACGCGGCUCGCAUCCGCAGCCGCCUGCGCAUGGGCCUCAGCAAGGAGCAGCUGAACCAGAUGUUUCCGGACCGCAUGGCCUUUUCACGAUUUCAGAUCGAGCGCGUGAAGGAGCGAAACCGUCUCACACAGCGGCUCAUGUAUGAGAUGGGCAUGGCUGGGACGGAUCUGACGAUCGGGCCGAACCGGAUUGCGAGCGAUCGGAAUAGGGAGUACAUCCUGGUGAAGAAUGAGGGCGCCGAAGGAGGUUGGGCGUUGGGUGUGGUCAGCAGAGAGAAGGACGUUGGGCAGAGGCAUAAACCGAUUGAUGUGGAUGCGCUGGAUGUGAAGUAUGAGAAGGAGAGCGAGGAUGAGGAGCUGGAGGAUGAGGAGUUUGAGGAUGUCCCGAUUGAGGGACUGAAUAGGUUGCCGAAGCCGAAGAUGGAGAGUCUGGGGGUGGAUAGGGAAGAGGGGGGACUGUUUGUUGAGAAUGGUGAAGAUUUGUUUGAGGACGAAGGAGAUGAAGACCUCAAUCGGGCUGUUGCGCUAUCCCUGGAGGAUCAACAUAGGGCGAAUGAGGACGAGGACGAGGACGAGGGGCUUCGUCGGGCGAUUGCUAUGUCGCUGGAGAAGCAGCAUGGGGUGAAGGCAGGGCCUGAGCCUGCGGGAGCUGAAGAGAUUGAAGCCGAGGAAGAAGAGCCUGAAAGCCCGCCCCCUGAGUGGAAGCAGAGGGCGGUCGAGCCAGCGAAGCCCAUCACGAGCACAGACGGCCGCGUGGUGGCGCACAUUGUCAACAACCGGGCCAUUGCUGCUGUUCCACGUCGGCGGCAGAGCGAGAGCAGCGACAGUGAGGUCGAUCUGCAGGCUGCUUUGGCGGCUGCGAGGAAGAAGCAGACUAAGUCCGAGCCAAAGCCCCAGCCUAUGCAGGCGUCUGCGAAGGCUACCAAGAGCCCUUUCGACGGCCCCCUGCCGUUUGAGAAGCUUGACUGGAGGGGCAUGCUGAGCGCGAAGGCAUCCUCCGCCCGGAAGGAGGCAGAAACGGGUCACGUUACGGAGACAGGCGAGCUGGAAGCUGAGUCUGAGGACGAAGCUGGCGGCUUUAUCAAGGAACCUGAGGAAUCGGCAUCUAACGACAAGAUGAAGCCGCUUCCGCUGCCUCCAUGGCUGACCGACACGACCGAUAUCCGCGAAUCGCUCAGAAAAGAGCAGGAGCGUGAAGCAGAGAUGAAUGCUCGAGCCGAGAAGAUGGAAGCCGAGUUCCGGUUUGGUCAGGGCCGGGACGACGAAGUCAUCGAGAUCGGCUCCUCGAGCAGCGACAGCGAUGUCGAGAUUCUGAAUGCGCCGCCGAAGCCUGCUCCUGUGCAAAAGGCGCCGUCACCCGAGCCAGGGGCUAGCCUGCCUUCUCUGGCAGAUCUCUUGAAAGAAAAUGCCGAGAGGGCUGCUCAAGAAGAAGCUUUAAAAACUAAGAGCGCCACACCAGAGAAGGUCCAGGCCGAGUCGGUAGAGGCAGAGGCAGAGGCAGAGGUAAAGGCAGAUGAGGACGAAGACGCUGUGUUCGAGGAUGUGUCCUUGCCCACUGCCCGUAAGCUGACCGUCGAGAUCACUGAGUCUGUUCCAGUCCCAAGUGAGCCCAUAGGGGAGACAGCGGCAACCCUAGCCCCUCAUGAAGAAGACGUCCCUCUCGAAGAGUCUACUAGCAUCGACCCCGACGCUCCCGCCGCCGAAGAAUUCUCCGACUUCAGCGACCCAGAGGACGAAGCCCUGCUCGCGCAACUGGCCGAAGAAGCCGAAGAACACGCCCGCUUCGCCAGCCAGCUCAACAAUAAAUCCGUCCGCGAAAAUCAGCAAGACUACGAACAGGAACUGCGCUCCCUGCGCAGCCAACAAAAGCGUGACCGCCGCGACGCUGACGAAGUGACCCAAGUCAUGAUCAGCGAAUGCCAGACCCUGCUGCAACUCUUCGGCAUCCCGUACAUCACCGCGCCCAUGGAAGCCGAGGCCCAAUGCGCCGAGCUCGUCCGUCUCGGGUUGGUAGACGGCAUCGUCACCGAUGACAGCGACACAUUCCUGUUCGGCGGCACGCGCGUGUACAAGAACGUUUUUAACUCGAAUAAAUACGUCGAGUGCUACCUCGCAUCAGAAAUCGAGUCCGAGCUCUCCCUCUCGCGCGAACAACUCAUCUCUCUAGCGUUACUGCUCGGAUCGGACUACACCGAAGGUCUUCCCGGCGUCGGGCCCGUCACUGCCCUCGAGAUACUGUCUCACUUCCCCCCCGGCGAUAAACAAGCCUUGAUCCAGUUUGCUGAGUGGUGGACUGACGUGCAGCAGCGGGGACGCCCCGCCUCUGCUGAUGCGUCGUCUCCGUGGAGGACUAAGUUCCGUCGUGCCCACGCGACGAAGCUGUUCCUCCCUCCCGGAUGGCCCUCCCCCGCCGUCUGGGACGCAUACCUCUCUCCGGAAGUCGACUCUUCCCCGGAGCCGUUCCAAUGGGGUGUUCCCGACGUAGAAGGCCUUCGACGCUUUCUCAUGGGCACCGUGGGCUGGGGGAAGGAGAAAACGGAUGAGGUUCUGUUGCCUGUGGUAAGGGAUAUGAAUCGGCGCGAGGUAGAGGGCACACAAAUGAAUAUUACGAGGUGGGUGACGGGGACGGUUGGGGCGGGCGUAAUGGGGGAGGCGUUUGCGCCUAGGGUUAGGCAAGGAGGGAGUAAGCGGAUGGCGAGGGCAGUGGAGAGGUUGAGGAGGGGGGUUGCUGGUGGUAACAUUGGGGAAGGCGUUGAGCAAGAGGGUCAGGUUGACACUUCGAGGACUGAGAAUAUUUGUAAGAGGGGGAGGAAGAGGAAGGCUAGGGAGGUUGUGGAAGAGGAGGAGGAGGAGAAGGAGGGGGAUGAGGGGGAUGUGGAAGAGUAUGGGGAGGAAGAGGAUGGAGAAUAUCAGGCCGAGAGCGAGGCGCGUAAGACGAGAGGGAGGGGAAAGGGGAAAGCGAGGGGAAAGAAGUCUAAGGCGUGA